AUGGGGCGUUUGAGGGAUGUGUUGGGUACAAGAGGCUGUAUGGAUUUUGGCAUCCCUGAAAAUUCAACAGUGGCAGAGGUGGUUCAGAAGCAUAGAAGGAGAAGGCAUCGAGUUGUGCUUUUGAACAAGGUUGAAGAGGAAAUAGAGAAAGUUAAACCAGAGAAUCAUCAAGGGAAAGAUAUUGCAGUAUGGAGGAGUAAAGCAGAGUGUUACAAGUCGAUCUUUUCUUCAAAUAAUACAUGGAUGUUGAUUCGUAAAGAAUACUGUACGCAGAGAUGGAGCAAGUGCAUUUGGUUCAAGCAUGCCACGCCGAAAUAUUCGUUUCAUGUUUGGACUGCAAUGCUGGAUAGGUUGUCGACUUGUGACAGGGUGUUGAGAUGGAAUCUUGCAAUUGAUCCAGUUUGCGUUUUGUGUAAUCAGGAAGUGGAAACAAGAAAUCACUUGUUCUUCUCUUGUACGUAUUCAAGUUCGAUAUGGAGGAAGCUUAUAGGGGGUUUGCUAUGUACUGGAUACACAGAAAGAUGGGAGGAUAUAGUGGAGCUUAUGCUUGAGAAAAGCUAUGAUCGAGUUAAGCUUUUUCUGCUGAGAUACACUUUCCAGGCAGCAGCUCACUCAAUAUGGAGAGAGAGGAACAGCAGGCGUCAUGGAGGGAAGCAACUUCCUCAUGUCAUGUUGGAGAAGAUCAUCGACAAAAACGUGAGGAAUAGACUGUCAUCUAUCCGUCGCCUAGGUGAUCAGAGAAUGGAGAAGAGUUUAAGGAUGUGGUUUAGCACAAGAGUUUGA